UUUUGCUGUAACCGCGAGAGAUUUGACGCUGUGAUCACGAAAAGACUGGCUGACCCCGAAAAAAAAUGAGAGAUUAACGAUUAUCGAUUCAGGACGUGUAGCUCACUUGGUUAAACAGAUCGCUUGGACGUAUAAAAGCCAGGAUUAUUCGAGGAUUUUGGUUAUUUUUUCGGUUUGACGGGUGGUUCCCUAAAAAAAGAAAAGUGAACCAAGUUGUCAGCAGCACCUUCACGAACAUCACAAGCCCCAGAACGUGACUCGCCUGGGCUCAAAACAAAGACCCGGUCAAUCGCUAACUUUAUUUUUACUUUCAAUGGCCCAAGAGACAAACCAGAGCCCCGUGCCUAUACUGUGUACCACAGGCUGUGGUUUCUAUGGCAACCCUAGGACCAAUGGCAUGUGCUCGGUGUGCUAUAAGGAGCACCUGAACAGACAGCAAAGCAGUGAUCGCAGUCCCAUGAGCCCCCUGGCAGCUGGCAGUCCCUCAGCAGAGGCCUCCGCUAUACAGAGACUAGAAGCCAGCAUAAACAAAGCAGAGACCUUACCUGCACCCAGCACAGAAACCAUGAGAGAAAGUAUUCCUUCAAGCUCCUUACCGGUGACACAGAAAAUGACUGAAAUGAGUAUUUCCAGAGAGGAAAAGGCCCUCUCACCUAAAGCAGAGACAGUCGAACCAGUUAUAACACAGCCCACCUCCUCCUACUCCCCCAUCCCCGUGGCUCAAGCCAAUGAUGAUGCCAAGAGUCCAGAUUCCUCCAAACCCAAGAAAAAUAGAUGCUUUACCUGCCGGAAGAGAGUCGGCCUAACAGGUUUUGACUGUCGAUGUGGUAAUCUGUUCUGUGGAAUUCAUCGGUACUCAGACAAGCACAACUGCACAUACGAUUACAAGGCGGAAGCCGCCGCCAAGAUCCGCAAGGAAAAUCCUGUAGUGGUGGCCGAUAAAAUCCAGAGAAUAUAAGCUUUUACCCUUUUCUCCAAGAACACUGGUGGAUUAAAUGGACUUGAAAAACGGACUCGUGUUUUUCGAUCACCUUAAGAAGAAAAUGAGAGAACUGUACCGUCUGAGGCUCAUGCAUGAACGAAAUAGCAGAUUAUUUUUGUUUGUUUUCUAUUAGGUAUUAAUUUCUUUCGGAUUUGUUUUCUCUUCUCGCCGUGGUGUUUUAUGCUAGUUAUUCUCGCAUAUUCUUUUGUUUCCUAAAGCAUAGGACACCUUUCAGGAAUUUUUAGCUGUUAUUAUUGUUAUUGUUUUUUUGCCUGUUCUCGCCCUCGUGCAAUGGGAGUGGCAGAUACUCUGUGCCAAACCGUGGCCGUGUAGUUUCUGAGUCUUCAGCCUUGUUAUGAAUGAUGGCAGGUUUGUCAGGAGGUGCGUCAGAGCUCUCGCUGACGAUGUGCGCUGCAUGUGCUGGUCUGUUAAACUGCAGUUCUACAGGAAUGUAGGGCCGCCCAGUCGUCAAUGCCGUUCAUUUAGCAUUAACUUUAGAAUGUGAACUUGCUACUGUGACAUCAUACCUUUUGAAUGAACGUAUGAGACUCAUCGGAAGUCCUUUUUUUAAUUACUAUGUUGUUGUUAUCAAUUCGCAUUCUAGAUUCAACAACAUCCAUUUUGUCUGCGUUUUAGUAUCAGAGGUCUGGGAGUUUUAUUUUUGUUCCUUUUGUGUGAAUGUCAUGUAGACUUUUUAAAAUAAGGCUGUGAGGUGGUACAGUCCUUUUCUGUGUGAGUGUAUUUGUGCGUACGGGGGGGAUUUUUUGCGCACAGGCCCUUCUUCCUGUUGUCAAAGUGAGAUGAGCUAACCCUCCUCAUUAGGUGCAUUUACAACACCGCAAUAGUAUACGCAUUGAUUCAGACCCGAGUCUGUGAAACGUUGGUUCUUUUCGUCUCUUUUGAAAUGCACCCACAAUGCACCUGUCAUUUUGUGUGUGUGUGUGUGUGUCUGACUGCAUAUGUUAACGUAAGCGAGUCUGAGUGCAUGUAUUGUGUAUAUAAACGUCUUCUGUAGGGAGUGAGGUUUUCUUAAAAGCAAAUGUAUCUGUUGAGAGUAUGUUUGAGGUUUGUUUUCAGCCUUUAGUUAUAUGCAAAUUUGUAUGGAAAACACCUUGCUAUGUUCAUAUUUAUGUAUUGCAUUUAAUCCUUUUACCUGGCAUUAAAGAAAAAAGUAUUGUAAAUAAAAAUAUACAGAGAGAGAAAAUGUGG